CACAUGGGCAGGCCUGGUGGUGUUCAUUGAUGAUAAGAUCCUAAAUCUUACGAGUUAUCCCAAAUGGUUCAAAACGUAAACAUCUCGUCUGCUACUAUAACAAUCAGUCUUCCGUCAGUAAGUUUAGUCCUUGAGAAUUUUGUUGUGUCUCUGGAAUUUCAUCUGUUCUGGCUUGGCCGCGACUUCAUCAUCAUGACCACAGACUGGGUUUCGAGGAACUUCGGAAACGAGGACUUCAUCCCUCUAAGUUCCAGUAUCGAAAGGGAACAGUGGACUUUACAGCGGCUGAACUCCUCUGGAGAGGAAAGUGAUGCGACCGACGGCAGUUCGAGCCCGGCGUCAUGCUGGAGUACGGAAGCAAUUGACGACGAACUUUACUUGGAGUAUCUUUUCUCACAAGGAUUAGCCGAUUCUAUUGAAAAACCGAACCCCGUGAGUAAUGAAAUAGUUAAAACAUCCAGCCCACAAGUAAGUGCAUUUUGUGAUAGUUACUGUGCUAGUGUCUUCAAUGAAAAACAUUCGGGCCAUUUUACAACAACCGAGGACGUUUUCCACAACAAUAAUGACUUGGUUGUGCUUGGUGUAGGAUUGAAAAACCUUAUGCAAGCGCAAAGCGUGAAUUCUCAACAACCAAACUACAGGCAGCAGUUAAACAAGUUGUCACAAGCACAAUUAAAAGCCCAAAAACUAAAAUCGUGUGCUAAUUUGUCUGAUUUGUUGUACAACUGCAAUUCAGUGAGAACUACUGUGUCGGUGAACUGUAAGCACAACCCUUUAAUGUCGUCUGCUGCUGGAAUUCGAGCAGGGACUCCGUCCAAUGUCAUGGAGAUGCUGCAUACGAUCAGACUUAGGGCGCCAAGACAGACGAACCGCGCGGGCAGCGCAAAGGAAAAAGCUGAAGACAAGAUCUAUCACUGUACGUACCCGAACUGUCAGAAGGUUUACAGCAAAAGUUCGCAUCUAAAAGCGCACCUUCGAAGACAUACCGGUGAGAAACCGUUCGUCUGCACGUGGCCGGCUUGCGGGUGGAAGUUCUCCCGGUCUGACGAACUUGCGCGGCACAAACGGUCACAUUCUGGAAUAAAGCCAUAUCAGUGUAAAAUCUGCGAGAAGAGGUUCUCUCGGUCGGACCAUUUGUCGAAACAUUUGAAGGUUCACAGGAAAAGAUAACUGCCGGAAACCGGAUCCCUGGAAAGUUUUGGAUAACAUCCGCACUUGGUUGCCGGUUGCGACGUUCAGUUCCCGGUCCAGUGCCGCGCCGUCCCGUCGUCAUAUAGGGCAGUGGACAUGUCUCUACGGAAUAGUUCAGUGUAGGAAGGAAACGAGUACAAGGCGAGUUGAAAUCACCAAUAGUUAAAACGUCGCCUUUUCGCCCAUGGCCAUGGUUGUGACGUUGUGCCGGUGUGGCGGGGAUAGUAGUCCUAGGGCUGAUAGUCCGUGUAACAAUAGCCCGCAUUGCUAAAUGUUUUGGUUAGGGUUAGCGGUACAAUAGAUCAUGCUGCUUAAUUGGUCAAAUACAAUGCUACCGGACUAUGACUCCAGGGGGACUAUAUCCGCUGUCACACCGGUAAGGGCCAGAAAUGGUAGAAGGCGGACAACGGACUCUCUGCGGAAUUCUGAGAGAUACAGAUAAAGAUUCAACAUGUUAAACGGGUUAAAUAAUGACACAUUCAGCAGAUCUGCGCCAUGUUGUGCCAUCAGCGUCCGACAGUGUUAAUGUAUGUCGCGUUAUUUUAUGUAUUUGGAUGGAUGUGAUUACGUGGAUUUUGAUUUACAAGCAAAGUUUAAACGUAGUAACGCAUGUGUAUGUUGUCAUGUUGACAUGGAAAUCCAGUUUUUCAUCCUGAUGGCGACUGGUUCAGUGGUAUAUCGAACAUACAGUGGUAUAUUGUGUACAGUUUGUUUGAACAUGGUCCGAAGACGAGUACGUUUAGUAGUUGUGAGAAAGACAUUCAAUGCGAUCAGAUAUCUUCGAUAUCUUGGCAUAGAUUUAUCGAGAACAGAUUUUACUAAGAGUGUAGAUAGGAUAUAUAGAUUUGAUAUAUCAAGAAUUGGAUUGUACAGUAUGUAAUCGAUUACGAACCAUGAUAACUAAAAGUUUGGCAUAAUUAGAAAGGACAAUCAACAUUUGACACGUUGACAGACUUGUCUUGGAGGGAUCGUCUCCGCAGUGAAUAGUGUGCCAAUGUUACGGUCCUUCCACUUUUAAUCUCCCUUAUGGGGAGCGGGUACAGGCGAAAAUGUUAAGAAAUGAGAGGCAGUACUGGUCAGAAGUAAUGUCACAAUACGCAAAUCCUUUAUACAUUGUGCGAUGUGCUGGCGAUAUGACUUUGCAUGACCAGUAGGGCGAUUAUAUUUCCUUUCCCGGUAUUAUCAAGAGGUAUUAUAGUAACAGACUGCUUUGGGAAAUGUAUCAAUGGACUAAUGCCUUAAUUUAGAUCUCAAGUCGAGGGGUUAUGUAAACUGACUCUCAAUAUCGGAAAUUGUGCCGGAGUGAUGGUGAAUCAAGCAAAACUAUACAUGUAUAUAAUUUCAGACAAACUUUUAAUUCUUUUGGUAAAAAUAGAAUUUUGAGGUGGUCCUUUAACUGGUACAAGGUGCUAAAUAUCAAUAGGUUGAAUUUGUUGCAAUGGUACGCUUUAUGGUGAUAAUAAUCUGGGUACUUGAAAAUACAUGUAACAUCACUGGGAAAUGAAUGAUUGACACAGAAGUAAAUCUCGACUUGAAGUAGAAUGUACUUUGAACCAUGUCAUUGGACACAUUUUCUAAUUACUUAUGAAACCCGUAAUGCAAACGAAACGAAGUCGAAUGAAUCAUCGAAAUGACACCAGAAAUGCACAUGUGAAUCUAACCGCCGGUAGGCUUACUUCAGUGAAAACACUUUCCCAAACAAGCCUGCCGGCGACAGUUGAUCAUGCGGUUACGUAUCAUCAUAAUGUGCCUAAGAUGCAUGGUUGUGAAAUGGGGAUAGUUUUUCUCAACUUGAGAUAGAGAUGAGGCCUGAUUUACUGCAGGUUGCCAUUGCAUUUUUCUACCAAAUGACACCCAAAACUUCCCGAUCAUGAACUGGGUAUUUUUUGUUAAAUACUCAAAAUGUAAUCAUUCAACCCGGAAAUUAUCAAUCAUAAAGCGUACCAUUGCGCAAGUUACUUUAAAUCGCAUAUAUCUAACUGAAUCAUUGAAUUUAUAUUUUGAGAGAUAAAAUUGUUAUAUCGA